GCCGUAGUUAUAUGUAAACACGGAAGUUGCGUAAUGUCUGUUCUUAUGCUCAUGAUUGCUAAAACCGGCUAGCUGGUGUACUUAAAAAGUCGAUUAAAGCAAUUAUUAAGUUUGUUUGUAGCUCUAUAUUUAAGCCACUAUGUUUAUGGUAAAAGUGGAGCAACUGAGCAUGUAUUAGACAUGCUCGAUGUCGCGUGUUAGCUAGCUUGUGUUAGCUUUAUAUUUUUGUGUAAUGGCAGGUAAAAAAGAGAAAACAUUUAAGUUUGUGAUCGUGGGAGGAGGAAUUGCAGGUGUGACAUGUGUUGAGCAGUUGUUAUCCCAGAUUCCGGCCGCAGACGUGGCUCUGAUUACAGCAGGCCCGCAAAUCAAGUCAGUCACCAACUAUAAACAGGUGUCCAGAACACUAGAGGAGUUUCAUGUGGAGGAGCAGCCGUCCAGUGUCCUGGAGGAGAAAUUUCCGAACCUUACUGUCGUUCAUUCUGCUGUGAAAUCACUUCACACACAGUCACGUUCGGUGGAAACUGCAGAUGGCCAGGUUUUUGGUUACGAAAAGCUGUGUAUCUGCAGCGGUGGCAGACCAAAGCUAUUAACCCAAGACAAUCCGUAUGUGUUGGGAAUACGGGACACAGACAGUGCUCAGGAAUUUCGGAAGCGGUUAUCCACAGCAAGGAGAAUCGUUGUUGUUGGUAAUGGAGGGAUCGCCUUGGAAUUAGUGUAUGAGGUGGAAGGCUGUGAAGUGAUUUGGGCUGUGAAGGACAAGGCCAUAGGAAACGCCUUCUUUGAUGCCGGAGCGGCACAGUUCUUCAUCCCGUCACUUGAGGCUGACAAACCCACGGUGGCUGCUCCCUGUAAGAGGCCUCGCUACACUACAGAGGAACCGGCACCUGGAGCCGCACAGACCUUCACAGCAGAUUGGCAUUCACAAGGCCGCAGUAAUGAUACUACAGAGCCUGGUAGCGCUCUUGGUCCAGACUGGCAUCAAGGAAUGACUCUUCGAGGAGCAGAGCAGGUUACUCGCAGAGUUUUAGUGGAAUAUCAGUGUGAAGUGGAAAAGAUCUUCACCUCUGAGGAGCGACUCCAUUCCUCACAACAAACAGUAAAACCUGAGAGUGAAGGAUCCUGGCCAGUUUACAUCCAGCUGACCAAUGGCAAGACAUUUGGCUGUGAUUUUGUUGUCAGCGCCACUGGUGUUGUGCCAAACACUGAGCCUUUUCUCCAUGGCAACACUUUUGCAUUGGCAGAUGAUGGUGGCCUCCAAGUAGAUGAUCAUAUGAUGACCUCAGAGCCAGAUGUGUACGCUGCAGGAGAUGUGUGCACUGCAUGCUGGGAACACAGCCCGCUGUGGCAGCAGAUGCGUUUGUGGACGCAGGCCCGUCAGAUGGGAUGGUACGCAGGCCGUUGCAUGGCGGCUAAUGUCCUCUCAGAGACAAUUGAGCUGGAUUUCUGCUUUGAACUGUUCUCACAUGUAACCAAGUUCUUCAACUACAAGGUAGUCCUGUUGGGAAAGUUUAAUGCGCAGGGGCUGGGGUCUGACCAUGAGCUGCUGGUACGCUGCACCAAAGGCCAGGAGUAUGUCAAGCUGGUCCUCAGCAGAGGGAGGAUGGUGGGAGCAGUUCUGAUUGGGGAAACAGACCUAGAAGAGACUUUUGAAAACCUGAUCCUUAACCAGAUGGAUCUGACACCUUAUGGAGAGGAGCUGCUCAACCCCAACAUCGACAUAGAGGAUUACUUUGACUGAGUAUCACUGCAUCCUUUAACAAACUUGCAAAGAAGAGGACAAUAAUGAAACCACAAAUUAUUUUAGCUGUAAAAUUAAAUUAUUUUCAGAUUAACCAUGUUUAAUUGUUGCUUGAAUUAUAUGUUUACAUUUGUGCUUGUGCACUUGUGCGCAGUCUGUGUACCAGAUGUUGUCGGUAUUUAAGUGUCUUUUUUUAUAUGCUCCUGAGUCCUCAGCACUACUAAGCAACCAAGCAAUCAGCUCAAUGGAAGCCAAGGACCUUUCCCAACAGUUUGUAAAAUAGUGACAGCAAGACUCCUCAAGCAUGAGCUUAGAGUACCAGAUAUGAGACUAAAAUUUAACUCAUACACUGGAGCAAACCCGACACCUGUCAUCACCCUGAGAACAUCAUUCCCAUAGUGCAGCAUGGUGGUGUGGGGGUGUUUUUAAUCUUCAGGGACUGGGAAACUUGUGGGAAUUUUUUCAAUUCAAAUUAUUUAUAAAGCACAUUUACAACAACCUCAGUUGACGACAGUGCUGUACAAAGCAGAGCAGUCAAAAGGCCAAGGGCACUACAAAAAUAAAAUAAACCAAUUUAACUCAUAAAAUACUAUAAUAUAGCAUAAAAACGCAUAGUACAAUAAAAACUCAAUUCAGAUGCUCAUGGUGGAGGAAAAGCCAGUGAGAAAAAGUUUGUUUGUAAUAAUGAUUUAAAAUGCUCAACACUCUGUGCUGAUCUAAUAUUAAAGGGCAGGUUGUUCCAAACUAACUUGAUGAUCUCAGUGCUCUGACAAGGACUGUGAGAAGUUAAAAGCUCUGAUAAGUAAGGUGGUGUUGUGCUAUCAAGACUUUUAAAAACAAGCAAUAAAAUCUUGAACUGGAAGCCAGUGAAUGAUGGUGAAUGGUGCUCAAUACAGGAACAUUCUUGGGGAAAACGCCUCAUCAACCAAAGAAUAAAGUGGAACAAAGGUAACCUUCCAGCAUAACACUAACUAAACACAUGGCUUACCCCAAUAACCAAGUAUUUUCCCAGUACAAACUCAUUUCUGGGUAAUUGACACUAAAUGGAUAAUUACAGGUAAACUAUUCUUCAAUAGUUUACUAAUUACUUUGUAUUUACCU